UCCGGUAGUUUAAUGAGCAGAAGAGAGGAAGCUGACGAAGGCCUGCACGAUCCUACCAAUCCAAGGAGUGGCUUUAUCAGCUUUCUGAGGGCUGAAAUUAAAUCACCGAGUCCCGCAUCACGGUACCACCUCCUCAGAUUUAGAGAACAGAGUCCCGACGUAUUUUUACGACCGUUGUUGUGUUCAUUCUCCAUUUCCCCCCAGUAAUUGUAUGCGGUUCCUCUCCGGCUAUCCGGACAGCUAUAGCCUGCGACUCGCCCCCUCUUCAGCUCGCGCAAGGGUCAACAAUAAUAACAACAAGUGUCCGGGAGCCCGAACCGGGCCCGGGCGUGUGCGGGACAGCGAUGCGAGGUUUCGGGGCUUCCAGUAGGUGAGAAACACAGGCCCCUGUGGAGGCAUGAGCGAGCAGAACCACAUCAAACUGAUUUUGUAGCCGCAUAAGAGAUCAGAGCCUGGGCAUGGAGUCAGAAGAGGCCUCCUUGCGGGCCCUGGAAAGUCUUAUGACAGAGUUUUUUCACAGCUGCACCACCAAUGACCGCAAGAGAGAGAUCGAAGAGCUGCUGAACAGUUUUGCGGGGCAGUCUGGAUCCUGGAGGCAUUGCCUCUACUUUCUCUUCAACAGCAGAAAUGAAUACGUCAUGAUGUACAGCCUUACUGUGUUUGAGAAUCUUGUCAAUAAGAUGUGGGUUGGUGUGGCAAGUGAAGACAAAGCGGAACUGCGAAGUUGUUUGCCCAAGCUUCUGCUUUCCCAGCAUGCACUGCUCCCUUUCUUCAUCAGGAACAAACUCUGCAAAGUCAUCGUGGACAUCGGACGACAGGACUGGCCAAUGUUCUACCAUGACUUCUUCAGCAACACCUUGCAGUUGGUGCGGUCUCCAUCUCUAGCUCCGCUGGGUUUGGUGCUGCUGAAGAUGACCUCGGAAGAAUCGGUCUGUCCGAGAGAAGACUUGAGCGUCGCUCGCAAAGAAGAGCUCAAGAAACUUCUGCUGGAGCAAAUACCCACCGUACUGAAUCUUCUGACUGCCGUGUUGAAUGUCUGUCUUUUUUAAACGGGUAUUCUGGAGACUGUAUGGGACAAGCACAGUGUUACAGUCACCACCCCCCCUCCAUCGCCGAACUCUAGAGAAUCAGGUGUUUUGGCGGGCGACAGCUCACCGAUGAUCCUGGACGGCGAGAGCGGCUCUCUGUGUCUGCUAGCGCUGGAAUGUCUGGCGCAACUUUUCAGCUGGAUUCCCCUUUCCUCCUCCAUCACUCCAUCCCUCCUGGCAUCUAUCUUUCAUUUCGCUCGCUUCGGAUGCCAACAGCCAAUCAAAACGAAACCUCUGCCCACUUUGAACGGAGACUCCUCCCCUGGACGUCAUCCUGCCAAUGGCGAUGGGGGUCUCUGCAGGACCGGUCAGAUGGAUCGUGCCCGACUGGGCGUCAUGGCCAUGAACUGUAUUAAUGAACUGAUGUGCAAAAACUGCGUGCCAGUGGACUUUGAGGAGUUUUUGCUCCGCAUGUUUCAACAAACUUUUUAUCUGCUGCAGAGACUCACAAACACACAUUCACAAAGCAACACGCACACUAUUAGAAACAGACUGCAGGAACUAGAUGAAAGCUAUGUGGAAAAGUUCACGGAUUUCCUCAGAUUGUUUGUUAGCGUUCAUCUGCGGAGGAUCGAAUCGAACGCCCAGUUUCCCCUAGUGGAAUUUUUAUCUUUGCUCUUCAAAUACACCUUUAACCAGCCGAGUCGUGAGGGUUACCUGGCCUGUCUUGAUAUCUGGAGUAUAUUCCUGGACUUCCUGACCACCAAGAUCCGAAGCCGAUUGGCUGACAGAGACAGCGUCAUGAACAGGUAUAAAGACGCCCUUGUUCUGCUGUUGCGAGAAGUUCUCAACAGGAUUCAGUUCAGAAUAAACCAGAGUGAGCUGGAGGAGCUCGACGACGAGACGCUGGAUGAUGACCAACAGACGGAGUGGCAGCGAUACUUGCGUCAGAGUUUGGAAGUGGUUGCCAAGGUGAUGGAGCUGUUGCCGUCUCAGACCUUUUCUGUGCUGUUUCCGGUGCUCCGGGAGAAUCUAGACAUUUACCUUGGCCUUCAGCAGUUCAUUGUUACAUCAGGAACAAGUCGCAGGCUGAACAUCACAGCAGAGGCCGACUGCAGACGACUGCAUUGUGCUCUGAGAGAUCUGAGCUCUCUGCUGCAGGCUGUGGGACGUCUGGCCGAGUUCUUCACCGGUGACGGUUUUACCGGACGAUUUAAUGACGCUCUCACAAUCGUCCAGAGGUUGGUGGAAGUGUCGUGUUAUGGUUCUCAGAUCAGCCUGUUUGAUGUUGAAAUGGCCGUUCCGUCAGUGCUCAAACCCGACCUGAUUGAUGUCCACGCACAGUCAUUGGCCGCUCUGCAGGCGUAUUCUCAUUGGCUGGCUCAGUUCUGCAGCGAGGCGCAGCGUCAACAACAUCAAACGCAGUUUGUUGACCUCAUCACGUCAAGCAUGGCCGCCACAACCCCUCUCAUCAAUGCCAAGGUGCCAGAGAAGUUACUGUUAUCCGCGUGCCAUCUCCUUGUCUCCAUGGCGACCACCGUCCGGCCGGUAUUUUUGAUGUCGCUGCGUGCCGUGCAAAACAUCUUCAACAUGAUCACGGAGAAUCAUAACCACAGAUUACCUCAAGAGGCUCACGUCCUUGUGUGUCGAGCUCUGUCAAACGUGCUACUGUUGCCUUGGCCCAGCCUGCCGGAAGCAGAGCAGCAAUGGCCGAGCCGUUCGGCCAAUCACGCGCGACUUAUCAACAGUCUUACUCAGCAGUACCGCCUCCUGCCCCGCCCACCUGACCAUCACCCCACAAGUAAAGCUGUGAUCCAGCAGACGGUGUGUGUGUUGAAGGAUCUGGUGGACAGUAUAUCAGGAGAGGCGACUAAAUCACGUCAGAUCUGUUACCACAGCCUCCAGGAGUCUGUGCAGGUCACGCUGGCUCUGUUUCCCCCCUUCAUCCAGCAACCAGAUGUGACGGAUGAAAUGCUCAGUUUCUUCCUCGUGCUGUUUCAAGCUCUGCGUGUGCAGAUGGGCGUGGCCUUCACCGAGCAGAUCAUCCAAACCUUCCUCAACAUGUUUACCAGAGAGCAGCUGGCCGUCAGCAUCUUGCAGGAGGGCAGCUCGGGCUCCAAUGUGGUUCAGAAAUUUCUGAAGAUUCUGCAGGUAAGACACUGUUCACACCCCGGUCAGAGCUUCAAACCUCUGUUACCCAGCAUUCUCAGCCUGUGCUUGGACCAGGUUUACCCGAUCGUGUCAGAGCGUUCCUGUCCAGAUGUGAAAGCGGAGAUGUUUGAGCUUCUCUUCCAAAUACUUCAUCAUAACUGGAGGUUCUUCUUCAAGACUUCAGUGCUGAGCAGCGUGCAGAGAAGCGGAGCCGAAGAAGUCAUGGAGAACCAAGCUCAGUUCACCGCUGCCAUGCAGGCGUUCGGUCAGUCCUUCCUUCAGCCAGACAUUCACAUCUUCAAACAAAACUUGAGCUAUCUGGAGAUUCUGAACAGCAAACACAAACUGUACCACAGGAAGCUGUUUCGAAACGCCAUGCUGUUUCACUUCCUAAACGUCCUUCUGCACAAGAGUCACGACCUCCUGCAGGAUGACAUCACGCUGGCGCUCUACAACAUGGCAGCCGUGGACUUCCCAGCGUUCUACUCUUCCUUCUUGCCCGAGUUCCUCAAUGGCUGCCAAGGACUCGACCCACAUCAGCGCACAACGCUGGCGCUACACUUCACACCAGAGAGGGACCUGCCAUCGUUUUCUCAGGGAGUGUAUCGACUGGUAAAUGACCUGCGCUUCUACAGACUGUGCAAUGGAAGCCUUCCGCCAGGAACAUUGAAGUUAUAGCAGCAAAUGGCACCCGCCACACAGCCGAAUCAUGGCCCAUCCCUGUAAAGACGCAGAUCUCUGCUUUGGUGGUCACACAUUGCCUUUCGCCAGGUGCCGGCCUGUGAUCUCAGUGGCGGCGUGUUUGUUCGCCAGCUUGUUUUAUGUUUCCUUCGGGCUAGAUUUUACACGUUGCCAAUGAUCAAUAGGCCAAAGCGGAUGUUCUACGGCUGCCGUCGGGACUGGAGUCGUCCGAAAUCAGCUGAUGGGUUUGAAAGGGAUGCACUGCUGCGGAGCGCUGCUUUCUGAACUGUUUGCGAAAGUGAAAGUGAAAGCACACUUAUUUUGCUGAGAUGAACAGACGGCUUUUAAAACGCACUCGAGUUGGUUUAAAGCGGUCUUUCGUGCGAGCUGGCAUUUCUGGAGAUGUGAAUGGUUUUAAAGGGAACAGGUGCGAUGCGGAGCGCUGGUUUUUCUUUUCUCUUAAUUGUCUGAUUUUAUUACCUCUUCCUCAUUUCCGUGGAGAUAGUCUCACGUUUUUCAUAUCAUUCCAUACUAAACCAGGAUAAACAAACCUUCAAUAAAGUUUUAUAAUGAAAUGCAUUGUCUGUGUUAUUGUAGACCCACAUUAAGAGGUGUUUUAUUGCCAUUUAACUGAGGUUCUCUAAGAUGAUAAACGUUUAAUGUAUCGUUUCACAUCGGCAUUGUAGGAAUGCCAAGUGCGUAAUAAUUGCAAGACCUGUCAACCAAAUAAACAACUUUGUGUCAUAAAUAAGAUUUUUGUAUUGAAGAGUUGCUACAGAAUCAUGAACUGCGCGAAUGUUUUCUAAUCAUAUUGACGGCAACAGGACAGUAAGAAAACCUUUAAUGUGGGGCCUGAAAACAACCACCAAUUU